GAUGGAUGUCCAACAACAGCGUUGCUAUUAUUCUCCCAUUUCCAACGCGCAUCGCGUCCUGGACCUCCCAUCAAGAAGAGAUAGCACCACGGGCCCCCCACUCGCCCUUCAUACUACUACAUGCAACAGUACGAGAUAUUUGCACUCUUGCACCCCAUCUGUGCUCUCCCGCCUGUUCCCGCCCUGGUCCGCGUCCCCCCACACCAAAACUCCACUCCACUCCACUCCACCCCGCUCCCGUCCCGCCGGCGGCGCGCCGUGGUCACCACGCUUCCAAGGUUGUUGGUGCAGACCUGGAUGGCGCUGGAACGGUAGCACAGGGGGACAUGCAUCAUUCCCCCUCAAAACUGCGCAACACCAGUGAUGAAACCCCCCGAGCUGUGCCUGCCCACAGCCACACAGAAACCCAGCGAAACCCAAAACACACUCUUUGUCUGGCACGUUGGUGGAUCCGAGCUGCUGGCCGGAGCGACAGUAUGUGGUCCUACCACAGCAAACCCUACGCUGGUGACGGGGAAAGAAAUGUUCCCAGCUUGCUUUUCCCAUCCAGGAUGCCUUGCUCUAGAAGAUAUGUGCUCCGUUCUAUAUUACGAUUCAACGCACUCACAGAUCGGAUGCCUUCCGCUACAAAUGCAGAUACAUGCACGCCCGUCUUUCCUUGUAUUCCUCCUCGUGUAGAUUCUUCGUCUCUAUCAUGUGUUGUUAACGCAGUGUCACGUGACAGCACCUCCUCAAUCCCGCAGCAGCAGGAUAGUCUUCAACCCAUUGUUGUUGGCAUACAUUCAAACGUGGAACUGAUGAUGAAUGAUAGGGGGGAGGAUAAGUGGGAGGACGAGGAGGACCGAGGGCGAGCACAUGACAAGGCCAAGCACUCAGCACACCUGCACCCUCACCCCCUGCACACCCUACACAUCCAGCACACACCCUCUUCAUCAGUCAUCAUAUUAUGAUUACACAGUAUCAUCUUGUAGGUAGUUGGCCCCCUACAAUGCAUACACGGCGCCAAACUCCACCGGCACGCUGGUCCAUCUCGGCAGGUUUUCCGGCAUGCGAGCGAGCCACUCAUUCGCCUCGAACCAAGCACACCUUGCGCACCCAUCUCCUGCACCCCGUACACCGUAUAGCAGCUACACAACUUCACCUUCAUGCAUUAUAUUCUAGUCGGCCCAGGCUCAUCAACCACUAGUAGUUCCACUGUCCAUCUCUGCAUCCUCAUAAGCAGGUCCAUCAUUCCUUCCCACUUUGGGAACAACCAGAUCUACAAACGACAUGAAAGGCUCAGCUGCAAAGGCCAAAUGCGCACCCUUCAUUCACCGCGGUACAACAAACUCCAGAGUCCAUUG